AUGUCCAGGAUACAACUAAUUAAGCUUCCUUCAACCUUAUCUGGAUUUAGAGGAGGUUGCAGAGAGCCCAUCCAGCAGGGUGUCUCAGACAUACUGAUGGAUGGGGCACCCAGGAUCCUUGAGAAAUCAUCACAUGAAUGCAUGCACUCUUGGUACUUCACCAGGGAAGAACUAGAGAAAUUUUCUCCAUCAAGGAAAGAUGGUAUUACUGAAAACAAGGAGUCAGAAAUUCGGCAUUUAUAUUGUUCAUUUAUCCGGGAUGUUGGCAUCAGGCUGAAGCUACCUCAGAUGACACUAGCAACAGCAGUCAUGCUUUGCCAUCGUUUCUAUUUACAUCAGUCCCUUGCCAAAAAUGGAUGGCAGACAGUUGCAACAGUAUGUGUAUUUCUGGCGUCGAAAGUUGAAGAUACUCCUUGCCCCCUGGACCAUGUAGUUAGAGUAGCCUAUGAAACAAUGUAUAGGCGGGACACUGCUGCGGCUCAAAGGAUCCGCCAGAAGGAUGUUUUUGAGAAGCAGAAAGUGCUCAUUUUGAUCGGAGAGAGAUUGCUUCUUACAACUAUUCGAUUUGAUUUCAACAUUCAUCAUCCUUAUAGACCACUUUUUGAUGCUAUGCAAAAUCUUGGCAUCAAUCAAAAAGAAGUGAAACAAGUAGCAUGGAACUUUGUGAAUGACUGGCUUAAAACAACAUUGUGCCUACAGUAUAAACCCCAGUACAUAGCUGCUGGUUCCCUUUACCUGGCUGCAAAGCUUCACAAUAUCAAGCUUCCUUUGCAUGGAGCGCAUGUUUGGUGGCACCAAUUUGAUGUUGCGCCAAAGCCUCUGGAAGCUGUCAUUCAUCAAAUGAUGGAGCUUGCGGCUGUGAAGAAAUUGAUGCCUGCUCGUCCCAAUCCAGUUAAGCAAAAGGACACUUUAUGUGAAGCUAAACUGAGCUUAUCUAAUAGCCCAGACUCUGUGUUGAAUCAAUCAAGCUUGUUAAUAAGCAGCUCAAGUCCUGAUAUUAGCGAGCCCAGUGACCACAUGCAGGUGGAUUCCUGUCAAUACUUGAUAAGCAGUCACACGGGUGAUUGUAGGGUCUCAGGUCCUGACAGCAGUUCGUUGAAUACUUGUGCUAAUAUAAAUGUUUCUUGUAAAGCACAUGAUGAAGAGAGCUUGGAUCAUGCCUUAAUAACCAAACAUGACAAUGGGAUGAUGCCUUCUAGUAAUCAGACAUCAUUAGAUGCUACUGUAGGCACUGAGGGCAGUGCUGAAUAUAUGAAGCAGGAUGCAAGCCAGUGUAAUGACUUCAAUGUCAGAGUCAAUGACGAAAGCUUGAACCAGGUGUCAAUAAAUCAGCAUGGUGAUGGUGUCCCAUUGCCUGAUGUGGUAUCACUGGAUGCCAAGGUGGACAAGGAAAGCAGUUGGUGUCUGGAACCAUUGAUUGCAAACUCCUGUUGCUGUACUGACAGUGUUAAUGUGGAUAGCUUGUGCACUGAUCAGAGAUUAGCUGAUGCUGCUUCAGGCCCCACAGAUGAUGCACCAUCCGUGCUGCUGGCCAAGGUGGAGUCUGAUACUUUGAGUGCAAAGCUUGGAAAUAUUGAUGUUGCCAGGAUAAAAGGUUUAUUGAUGAAGAGGAAGAGCCGGAGGGAGAUCCAAGAGCAAGCCAUUGCUUUAGAUGGCCUCAGUGAAGAAGCCUGGAUUGAGAGAGAGCUCGAGUCUGGGAUUGUUACAAAACAACAAGAAGCCAAUUGUGCUGCCAAUGCCAUCUCAGAUGAGCUAAGUGAUGAAGCCUGGAUUGAGAGAGAGCUCGAGUCAGGGAUUGUGGUAGGACCAAGAAAUGAGCAGGCAAUCACUUUUGAUGGUUUGAGUGAAAAUGAUUGGAUCGAGAGGGAGCUUGAGUCUGGGAUCAUUGUUGAGCCAGCACCUGCUAUCAAGAAGCGGAAGCUGGAGUCAAGCUGUUAG